GGCUGCUCGUUCUUAUACUGAAACGGUAAAUUCGGAAUUAAAUUGUGAAUUAAAGUGUGAAUUUACAAUCAAGAACUAAUUAAUUGGCCAGACCCGAUCAAUUGAACUCUACAUAUUUUUUGCAUAUUUUUGUUGCUGUGCUAACUUUUCAGCGGAGCUUUCGGCAAAGGAGUAAUACGAAACAAAUAAAAAUAUAAAUAAAGACCAACAAGUAGACGACGACGCGGAACCUCAACGAUGGGCAACAUACACACGACGGGUCCCAAUGAGGCGUUAAUUGUUUCAGGUGGCUGCUGUGGAUCGACCAAGAAGCGCACCAUUGUGGGCGGCUGGGCGUGGGCGUGGUGGCUGGUGACCGAUGUGCAGCGACUCUCCCUCAACGUGAUGACCCUCAAUCCGAUGUGCGAGAACGUGGAGACCUCCCAGGGCGUUCCGCUGACGGUGACCGGAGUGGCCCAGUGCAAGAUCAUGAAGUCAUCUUCGUAUAAGCAUAACGAUUAUAAUAACGACGAGGCCGACGAGCUUCUAGGCACUGCCAGCGAGCAAUUCCUGGGCAAGAGCGUCAAGGAGAUCAAGCAGACGAUCCUGCAGACCCUCGAAGGACACCUGAGGGCCAUAUUGGGAACGCUUACAGUCGAAGAGGUGUACAAGGACCGCGACCAGUUCGCGGCUUUAGUCCGCGAGGUGGCCGCCCCGGACGUGGGUCGCAUGGGCAUCGAGAUCCUCUCCUUCACCAUCAAGGACGUCUACGAUGAUGUGCAGUACCUGGCCUCGCUGGGCAAGGCCCAGACGGCCGUCGUGAAGCGGGACGCCGAUGCCGGCGUGGCGGAGGCCAACCGAGAUGCCGGAAUCCGUGAGGCCGAGUGCGAGAAGAGCGCCAUGGACGUGAAGUACUCGACGGACACGAAGAUCGAGGACAACACCAGGAUGUACAAGCUGCAGAAGGCCAAUUUCGAUCAGGAGAUCAACACGGCCAAGGCCGAAUCGCAGCUGGCCUACGAGCUGCAGGCGGCCAAGAUCCGCCAGCGCAUCCGUAACGAGGAGAUCCAGAUCGAGGUGGUGGAGCGACGCAAGCAGAUCGAGAUCGAGUCGCAGGAGGUGCAGCGCAAGGAUCGCGAGCUCACCGGCACCGUCAAGCUGCCGGCCGAGGCGGAGGCCUUCCGCCUCCAGACCCUCGCCCAGGCCAAGCAGUGCCAGACCAUUGAGGGUGCCCGUGCCGAGGCGGAGCGCAUCCGGAAGAUCGGAUCGGCGGAGGCCCAUGCCAUCGAGCUGGUGGGCAAGGCGGAGGCGGAACGCAUGCGGAUGAAGGCCCAUGUGUACAAGCAGUAUGGCGACGCGGCCAUCAUGAACAUUGUCCUCGAAUCGCUGCCGAAGAUUGCCGCCGAGGUGGCUGCCCCACUGGCCAAGACGGAGGAGAUUGUCCUGAUUGGCGGCAACGAUAAUAUCACCAACGACGUGACCCGCUUGGUGGCCCAGCUGCCGCCCUCGAUCAACGCCCUCACCGGAGUGGAUCUGUCCAAGGUCCUGUCCAAGAUUCCCGGGGCCAAGGCGUGAAACCUAAUGGAGUGGGACAUCCAGGAAAUGGCAAUGACAACGUAACGCAACGCAAAGGAAUUGUAACCGAUCUGAAAACGGCAAGGAGAGAAGGAGACGGCAGGAGAGCGAACGAAAAGGACGGAGCUAGUGUGCAUUUGUUAGAGAGAGACAACAGCGAGGCGUACUCGAAACUUACAAUUUGAGUUUCGAACUGCAAUCGAACGUAGCAAAAUGUACUCCGAUAUUAUAUUUAUAUAUAUAUAUAUAUCUUUGUAUAUGUAUAUGCACACAUGCUAUACACACAUACACUCGUCUCGUCUGUGUGGUGUGCC